AUGGGAAAUACAAAUAUCUGUUGUGUAGAACAAAAUGAUGAACCUUUUGACAAACGCAAGUUUCUAUUCCACAAAAAACUAAAUAGCCUGAAUAAUCAACUGAUGACAACAAUCUAAUAUCAGGAUAUCAUCAUUUUUCACAAGGUUUGAUCAUUAUGUAUAUAGAAUGUAGUGGCAUAAUUAAUCUUCAAUUGCAAUGCUCCAAGAUUGUUAUCAAUCACUGAAAAAGAUCCAGAAACAAAAUUAGAGUUCUACGCUAGAAUUAAAUAAGAAAUAGAACUUAAUCAAUCAAAUUUCUUUAAUUUACUAAUCGCCAAUUACUUUUUACAUUUCAGUGAAAUUUAUGCUGAUGAAGAAGUGAUUGACAUCAU